UUCCCCUUCCAGCCACAUAUUGACCUCUCCAGAGCGAUAACCGCUGUACAACAAGCACCUUUCCAAGCACUUUGUGUUUGCAGGGAGGCCGCGUCGAAAAAUAUGAAUAUGAAUAUUACGACGAAAAGACCAAAAUAUACCGAAUUCUAACAGAGGUUUAAUAUUUCAGAUACAAUCACUUAGUCUAGUGCAGAACAUUAUGUUAUAUGGACACAAGUUUAUGUGGCAUUGAAAUUUUAGAAUCGGCCAUGUUCACCAUUCUAACGUUUUUCGGUUAGUGAAUUUCUGAUAAAAUCUGUGAAAAGAGGCCUUGGAAACAUGGAAGCAUAGAAACAACCAAACAACAUAAUAGCAGACUCGGUUUGACUGAGUCUUUUUCAUGAGAGGUAUUGAAUUUUACAACACCUUUCGUGCCCCUUUUGCAGUUGAAUGUUCCUCAUGGCAAAUAAUAUAAAUAAAGUAACAAUGCUACUGUCGUGUCAAGAAAUGAAUUCUUUAUGUGAUUUAUUGUCUGCCAUGUUAGAAACUGGACAGUGUCUAAACCUCAAAGAUUUUUAAAAGGAUGUUAAGUUUUGCCACUUGUGUGUAUAUAGGUAUGUAAUAUUUCAGCUGAGCGGAGAACCAAUGUCGGACGACGAUCCAAGUAGAGAUAUAUUCUGGGAAAGGGCGUAUGUGGCCGACUUCUUCUGCAACCAGUUUAAUAACACCAUCAUGACACUGUUGCCGUUUAUGAGAUUCCUUCCAACAAAAUACAGAGAGAUGUACCAGAAAGGACAAUCUCUCAAUGCACUCAUAGCUCAACGAUAUUUCUAUGAUAUCAAGAAAACUCAUGUACCAGGUGAAGGCAACAGUAUCGUACAUUAUUAUCUCGAUGAACAGAGGAAAGAAAUUGAAUCCAAUAGAGAACCAUUCUUUACAGAUGACAGAAUACAUGCAAUGAUGUAUGAAACGAUCGUUGCAGGUAUUGCAACGACAUUAUCUGCUCUGACAAGUUCCAUGCUUAUUCUUCUGAACUUUCCGGAAUAUCAGACAAAGAUACAAAAGGAACUUGACCAGCAUGUUGGGCAAGGACGGCUUCCUACUUUCUCCGACAGGGCAAACUGUACAUUCUUGAAGGCGUUUGAGCUGGAAGUUCCCCGCUUUGUACCUGUGUUGCCAUUACUUCUGCCUCAUUUGUGUGUGGAACAUGUCGAGUUCGAAGGAUUAGAUAUUGAACCUAACAGUACGGUGAUUGCCAACUUGUGGUUUGUGCACCACGACGAGAAGUUAUGGGGAGACCCAUGGACAUUCAGACCAGAGAGGUUUCUGGACGAACACGGUGAUUUACUUCCAUUUGAUCAUGUAUAUCUGAAGAGCGUAAUGUCUUUUGGCAUAGGACAACGACAGUGUGCUGCGGAACUGUUUGCCAAGACACGUUACUUCCUGUAUAUUGCCACACUUCUACAGCGCUGGAGGUUCGAGUUUCCGCCAGGCAAGGAACAAACAUGUGACCCGAGAUCAGCAGAGGCCUUUGAGACAAAAGCGACCUUGACAGCUAAGCCAUUUUUCUGUUGUGCCAGAGAAAGGAAUAGCUGAGGACGAUUACAGAUAUUGUGAAUCAUGAUAUUUCUCUGUAGUUUAUAAAGGCAUAUUGCAGGAAACAUCCCGUCCUGCCAAAAAUGCCUUUGCCACAUGUUCUGAUAUUCCAAUUUUCUAAAUUAAUAAAAUCAUAUUGUUUUGUCAAAAUAUUCAUACUGAAAUAAUAGAACCGCCAUAUAAUUGCAAGUUACUGUACACCGACUUUUAAACAACAAUAGUUUUUUUUAUAUAAUAUUAAAUAUUAAGUAUUUUUAAGUUCACUUGGUUCGUUCACUCACAAUUUCAACAAGUUUUCAGAAAGUCCGGUCGGGGAUUUAUUUUGCUGAAGUUACAGUGGCACUGUGUGUAUAAUAUUUGACGUCAGUGUUGAAUUUUUCUGGUUAUAUUUUGUUUCUAGAAAAUGUCGCCCCGAUAAGAAGGUCCUGUAUGAACAAAAAUCCGUCAGCUAAGGCAUACAGGAUUUAUCUUUUCUUGCCCAGUGGCUUUACCUAGAAAAAUGAUAAAACUAGUACCGCAUACUGUCAAAACUUCUAUUUGUCAAACUGUAACACGGUGUUACUCGGAGCCAAGCUUAUUUGUACAGUAGACACAGCCAUCACGUAAAAAUUGGUCCGAAAUUCAGCCGUGUUAUAUUUUUUCAUUCUUUGAAUUCUUUUGCACAAAUAUUAUACUUCAUUAGGUAAAUAUUAUACAUUUUGCUUGUAAUACGGGUUGAAAAAUUUAGAAAAGUGCUAAAAUUAAGUACUUCUUUUUCUGGCGUUGUGACGUGCACCUGUUAAAAUGUAAACAAUGUAAUUAUUUGAAACUAUUUUGAGCAGAAUUUAACGAAUCGCUGACAGCAAAACAUAAACAGUUUGUAUACUUUUAAUAUGUCCUUUAAUGUUAACAUUCACUUGUGCACAUGUAUAUUAUGGCAAGCGUUUGAAUUCCAGGAGUUACAAAGCUUGUCGUCAUUUUUUACCACCUUCAAGCUCGGAGGCAAGGAUGAUUGCUUGAUGCGCGUAUAGGUCUGUUGAACCGUACAUUUCACAGAAACAAAUUCUUCUCACAUGUGAGAAAUUCAUGCGAAUAUUUCACAAAAAUCGAACGAAUAUGUCACUAAUUUUAAACCGCCUCGAAAGCCUAGUGGUAGAGCGCUU